CCACGGUUUUGAGUUAUAUUUUGAAGAACUCACACCGGAAGUGCUGCCGUCACUGCUGGCGGAAGUUAAGCUGCUGUGAAACCACAACAUAACGUCCUCACAGGCUUUGCAUUUUGCACAAUUUCUCGCUGAUUAGAGAGGACACUGGAACCAUGUGGGAGUCACAUGAACGACGAGGAUGAGGCGUAAACAACAAGGGGGCAGCUUCAGGAGGGAUCCGCUGCACAGUAUCUGCCACAGGGAGGGGGUUUGCUGCUUGUAAAGGCCCUGCACAAGCAGCCCUCUGUGUCCCCCCCCCCCCUUCUCUAACAUUUACCAUGAAUAGUACUACUCAGCCCCCUCCCAGCAUAGAUGGGGAUGUGGCAGUGAGCUAUGUGUUGGUGCCGUUUUUCCUCAUAACCAUUAUUGGAAUUGCUGCAGCUGUGAUUAUGUAUAUUCGACGGAAAAGAAGAAUCGACAGACUCCGUCAUCAGCUGUUACCGGUUUACACGUACGAUCCCUCGGAGGAGCUUAAUGAAGCCGAACAAGAGAUGUUGUGGAAGGAAGAGGACACAAGGAUUGUUCAAGGUUGGGCCAGAAGUUAUCAGCAGCGACGCCCUCUUCUGACCAAAGACGUCAAUGCAUGAUGGUAGUAGACCCUGACGCAGAACAUUUUGGCUUGUGGAGACAACCUUCAACCAGAGAGAUCAGUCACGUUUUCAAAUCAUGCAACAAUACUUUUUGCCCUCGUCUAUCUCUGAGUACAUCCGCAACAACAAGCAUUUUUCUAUUUCCUGUGUUAUGGGCAGACUGACUGAUUACUUACUGAAGUUCUGAUGCCAAUCCUGUGUGCCUAUCCUAGCAUAGCAUCCUAUUUAUAUGAGAUUAUUUAUUCAAACAUAUUUUGACACGAUCACAGUUCAGGAAGGUGGAAGAUAAAGGCUGCUGUAAGGUUUACUGUGGUGUUUACAUUCUUAAUGUUGUUGUGGGGGCGACGUGUGGCAAGCUGUUCCUGUGGGUUGCAGUAGGCAUUUGUACUGACUAAUUUCAGGGCUGUGUUCAGUGUGGUAAGAGUAUGAAUGUCCUGGACUAGUUUAAAAUCAAGACGCCCUGCUGUAAAGAGUGUUUGUGAUCAUUGCCUUGAUUGGUUGUUGUGUAGUAGUAGUUUGCAGCGCAUUCGAAACAAGUAUGGCUUCAACAAGACUUUAAUUGAUAAAGUUAAACUUUAUCAGGCGGAGUCUGGUAAAUUUGAUUUCGGUUUCUGUAUGAGUCAGAGGGUUGAAAGGCCUUGUUUGGUUUUGAUUCAACUUGCUGCCCGGUGAUCCACAUCUUUUUGUAGUUUAGCCAAAUCCUAUGACUCCUAUCAAUGGCAUGAAAAGCCUGAUAUGGAAUAACAUCAGUCUCCUCUCAUCCGCAAAAUGAGCUGUGACUAGUGCCCGAAAUAUGUCCUGUCUUCGAGGCAUGGCACCAACAAAUUUACCUCCAACUGAAGAAUCUGUUGCGAUGAAUGCCAUAGGUCUGACUGUAUCAAGCACUCAGGAAGCCUUACGCUUUUUUUCCCUUCGAGAACUAUAACCUCCUCCUGUCCUUAAUUUGCCUUGCAUUCAUGAAUGUAAACCGUGAACUGUUUAGCUUGUCCUUGAAGUGGAACGUUACUCAGUUCAGAUAAUAUAUUGUAAAGAGCAACUAAUGCUCACGAGGUGUUAUCAGGUAUGACAUCUAGAGGUGCUCGAGUUGGAGCCGAGUCAUUGAUGUUUUAUGGUCCGUUUUGGACCGAAAGACAUCAGUUCCUCGCUGCUCCAGUCAUUUCCUUAUUUCCUCAUCUUAAAAUCGUGUGAAUGUUUGAUCGAGAUGAUUAAUUUGCACUGAAACACAGGGUGAACUUGCAAUGGAAAGCUCUCAUUUCAGGUGACACCCAACAUCUAAGAACUACUGAUGUAAUGAAGCACUGUAAUGAAGUUUUCCUUUCAGGCUGAUGUGCUAUUGUUGCUUUGAGACAGACUGGGUAAAGCAGUUGUAAAUAAAGUAAUGUAACUUUUGUCUUUGCACUGCAAUUGAUCAAGAUGUUAAGAGGUUUUUGCUGCUCAGACAAAUAGAGCACAAAUGACGAAAGCAUGACAAAGAAAAUUCUCUUUAUUGACCAUUUCAUUUCUGAUACAAAUUGUUGUAGGGCACCAUAGAAAUAUAGACAUUGUACAUUUAUAUACGGUGUACAUAAAAAGAAUGAUCCCAUCCUAUUGAGUUUACAGUUUAUAAAUCAACGGAUGCUGCAAUGUAAGAUGACAUGAUACUGUUGAGAGUAGUUGAAAAGGACAUGAAGUGACCGUUGUAUGAGUAUGACGAGGGCCGCUGCGUGCGGACAGCGCCGGACACACAUUAGCCGUUAGAACAGUGAAGAGAGCGCCCAGUCUAACACACAAACAUUUGUCCAUGAAAAUCUGAACCAACAUUUCAGUGCACCAGAAAGAAUUUUUCUUUAAAAAGGAUAAAAACACACCUGCUAAACUACCACAGUCAGCGAACACAGUCGUCAAGCUGACAGGUCUCCCUGACUUGCUUCACACAUUUAAAACAACCUGUCUGCAAGCUGCGGUUAUGAACGAGCCAAGACGCAUUGCGUGUGCACACACAAUCACACACUUGACAUCUUAGAUACCUUAUUACAGUCAGAUAAAAAAAAAAAAAAAAAAAUACACAAACUUUGUAACAACAUCUUUCCAACCCAUGCCAGAGGUUACAUUUUAAAAACAGAAAAACCAGUUAAAUGCAGUUAUAUGGUAAAGUAAGCCGUUAAGUGAGGUAUGAAAUUCCAGGCCUUGUAUCGCCUGUUUGCAGUUUUCCGGGUUUCAUAACUGAGGUUGUAGCAGCUUAGGUGUGUGGAAAAAACCCAGUUAAGUGGACUGUGACCGCAGGUUCCCUGACACUUGCACACAAACGUUUUGUUUUCUCUGUAGCAUACAACACACAUCUUCAAAAGACUAAGAAAAGUUUACUACGGUACUAAGUGAUGACAGAAGGACCAAGCUAGGUGAAGCAGUGCGCGCUAGAUGGAAUGAAAAUACGUACAGCCCAGUUGGAUAGUAGUGCCACCAACUAUCCUCUGUUACAAUCAAACUCCUUGUUUGACCAAUUGCAGUUUGCCUUUACGAGUGAUUGAGCGAGCGCUUGGAAAACCGAGGACCAUGUGAAGACAAAGACGGCAAUGUAACAGCAUUUGUAAAAGCUCCCUGAAGAAACGACACUGAUGACGUUCUGCCUAGAACUCUGCCAACCCUAUCCUUAAAAACACACAUUAUACCAAAAAAAAAGAAUUGAGUUUUAUUAUAAUAUGAUAAGCAGCACACAUGUUUGUUUUUUUUUUCUUUUUUAAAAAUGGUAUGUAACCCGAAGGAACAAAAACAGUAAAGUCUGAUCAGACAUAUCUGAUGACGAACGAUACACUUUACAUCUCCCCGCUGCACGCCGAGGACUGAGAAGAAAGUUUCAGAAGCAUCUCUAAAUCUACACUGUCCUACAGGAAGGGGGUGGGGGGUGGGUUAAAGAUGGUUCUGCUCUAAUCAGAGGGGAGGGUAUCAGUUACGCAGAUUAGACAUGGAAAAGACGUAUCUACCAUCAGUCACCUAUUUUCAUCCUAAACGCUGAAGCUCAACUCCAUCUAUAAUACGAUGCAAAGGAUAGGUUAACCACUUCACACGAACACACGAAAAAACAAAACAAAAAGAACCAAAAAAAACA